AUGAAACGUUGCGCGAUUUAUUGUACCAGUAGCCAACAAGCUGUAGUAUCUCCGAAGGUUGGAAUUGUCUUAGAUUUUGUUGAUCACCAAACACGCAGAGAUCUCAACGUAAGACAUUAUCAUGACACACACAUGGCAUCAACCCCCGUUCGUCCGCCUACCGAAAGCCCUACCCGAUAUUAUUCAUAUGCAACACAUAUUGUAUCUACUCGAAAUAACUAA